AUUGGCGAAGUCAGUGCCAAGUUUCUUAAGUGUAAGGAAAACAUGUCUGCUUGUAUCUGUGCCAUCUGUAAACAUUUUACCAGUGGGGACAAGAAACCGUGUCAUUGUGAAAAAUGUGGAAUUUGCCGGUAAGUCAACCGUUCAGGCGCUUUUAUCCACGGAGACUGAGAGACCAAUCUGGACAAUUGAGGGCUGUAGUGUUUUAAAUUGCUCGAAAGAUACAGAACCUAAAUGCUGUCUCUGACACAUUAUAGAGGAGUUUUUUUGCAUACUUUUUUCACACACUGCAAUAAAAGCGAUCCAUGGCUAAAAAUACUCAAUAUUUAGUAUUUUGUCUCAACACCCGUAAUGAAGAGACAAACUUUUUAACAGUACCUCUCUAUCUUUAAAGCAAGACGGAGUUUUUAUUCUUUUGUUAGUCAUCAAGGUACUUGUUUAGUGAAAUGGCAAAAGAAUGUCUUAAACAACAGGAUAUAAUACCCCUGCAAAGUGACCUAAAGUGAAACUGUUCCAGUGUAAAGAGAAGGAAGUCGAAGCAAACAUCUAUAGCCCUUGUGUGUUUACAAUACGUCAGACACCAAAUUACGUACACCACCAAUUCUUGUUUUGGGAUUGUAAACUUACGAGAUCUCUCAACAAGAAAUUCCUGGAGCAUUUAAGGUGAAAGAAGCACUCAGGCGCAGUUAGCACAAGUCCAAAGAAUUUUGUCCGCAAAUGAGACUUAGUGCUGGGAAGACUGGCGUCAAAAUGGGUAUGGGCAAAUGAUGGCACCCUCCUUAGCUCUCUCUUCCUUUUCAUAAAAAAGGCAUAUUUCUUUAAUGAAAUUUGAAAAAAUCAACUUCUAAAUUCUUCAGCUGUUUAUUGUGAAACAAAUUUUGAAGGGUAUAAGUAGUCAAUCCGCUUUAUUCUGAAGGUCUUAGAUUUGACCCCAGGUAGGAGAUCGAGCUGUCGACUUUUUUUUCCCAAGUCGCCAGUGUCAAGAAAACAGUGUCAUGUCAUUCUCGAAUUUGAAUUUCUUUCUUUUUCUUUGUUUUUGCCUUUAAAAGAACAAACAGAGACCGCCUGUCUGUAUCACACGAACGACACGCGCAAAACCCAGGUUACCAAAGGUUUCGGGAUCAGCACUUACAGCGGUCUGGUAUGGAAAAUCCGGGGGAUGGUCUAGCUGACUGGUUUGUUAUCAAACACACCAGAGAUGAAGCGCUGUCGCGCGAUUUGCUUUCUAAAUACGGUUUUAAGGCUGCCGAUACAACGCAGGUAGGAAUUAGAUAUAUAUAACUGAAAUUUAACACUUAAAUCAAUCGGGCAAUACAUCCUUCACGGAGGUCCAAUGAAACUGAGGAGAAUGAGAAGAGCCACUUUCUCCUUGAGACCCGCAGUUUAAGGCUUCUCGCGUUCACCAAAACGCCACAGGUUAUGGUAUUCCCUCUCACCGUCUAAAUUCUUUAGCCAUUUCUAGCAUGUUCCACGCGUUCAGUUCAGUGCUGUGUGGCGCGAAUUAGUCAGGGAGAGGAAGAAAAUAAGGAGGAGUAAUACUUCCUCCAACCAACCCCGGGUUAGAGCUGAGCCUAGAAAAUCCCUUUUAGCCUAAAAUUAAGUUGUUUUGAAGUACAGUUUUUCUUAACUUCAAAUCCAAAAGACGUGUUCCAAAUGUUCCUCUUCUUUUUUUUUUGCAGAAUGAUUCGCAUCCCAUAGGAUUGCGCUCUUCAAAGUGA